GUCAGUCCAGUAUUUCGAACGACAGACUGACGCCUUAAAUAUCGGUAAACAUGGCAUCUCCACCCUCACCAUUAUCUGCGAAAGCAGAACAGCCUCCCCAGGUGCAAAUGAAGGUCAUUGGCGUUGGGCUGCCGCGAUGUGCUACAACGUCUUUGAAGAGUGCUCUCGAAGGCCCCCUCCUCGACUGUGGCCCCUGCAUGCACAUGCGUUCCAUGGUGUGGCAGCCCAACAAGAUGCAGCUCGUCAUCAACGCUAUGCGCGAGAGGGACACCAACCGGCGCCACGCUAUCCUGUACCGCCUGUUCGAGGGCUGUGCCUCCACCGUCGACGUGCCGGGCACCCUCUUCGCCGACGACCUGAUGGAUAUGUAUCCUGACGCAGCAGUCCUUCUCAACACGCGGCCCGGGCCGGAGGAGCACCGAGCGGCCUCGUGGUCGCGAAGCUGUCACGAGGUGUUUGGUUUCCCCUACUCGCUGCUCUUCAGGUGUAUCUAUUUCCCCUUCCGUACGCUCCGCAAAGUCUCCACCAUGUUGCAGGGCAUAUAUGACUACUGGGCGCAGCAGCCGCGAUUCGCAGAACUUGGCCUGCAACCGGGCGCCGGCGCUGGGCUUGACUGGGCGUCGCCUGAGUUCUAUGAAAGAUAUCAGAUCUGGGUCAAGGAACAAGCUGCCAGGAGAGGGAGGCACCUCAUUGAGUAUCAUCCCGGGAUGGGAUGGGAGCCGCUGUGCGAGAUGGUGGGCAGGUUGGACAAGGUACCGCCGCCCGGCACGAAGCUGCCGCAUGAGAAUGAUGCAAAGUCUAUGAAGACUCGUAUGAGGGUGCUCGUGGUGAGCGGAGCGGUGGCCUGGGCAGCUAUCUUCGGUUCUGCCUGGAUGCUCGUUCGGUAUGGUCCAAUGGCAUUCCGGCGCGUUCAUCUUGUGUCGUUUCCUUCUAGCCGAUAAGUAGAUAUAACAAGAGCAAAGUUUACCGCCUUGAGAAAUGGCAUAGAGCUAGACAAUCUGAAAUCAAUCUGC